UUCAGGCAAGAAUUUAACUAACAACUAUUAAAGUAAAAGCAGAAAGGCUGAAAAUAAGCAGUAACAGCAACAGCAACAACAACAGUGACAGCACCAGCAACAGAGAGUGGCUUUAAAUGUAACGCAGAUUUUAUUUUGUGUACCGUGAAAUUCAGAUAUUCCGAUGCGAAACGCAAGUAACUGUUAAAAAUAGAUCGUCCACACAGGGACAUACAAAUAUAAUCAUAACUGACUGUCACACAGAGCACCUUUUUUGUGGUAAAAAAGUUAUUGAUGUUGAAAAGUGCGCUUCUGUAGUGCCACCAUGAAAAGUAGCGAAAGGAUAUAAAUUUGUGAACUCAAUUAACUAAAUUCUUCCAAAUAAUAUUGUAGGCGCCUUGGUUUUGAACUGUUCAAUUUGGAAGCCAAUUUUCUUGGUGAAAAGUGUAAAGUAGUAGAAAUAAGUGUGCAACCGAAAUAAAAAGUUCAAUCUUUAAAUUUAAAAAAAGUUCCAAACUCUUCGCGCAUAAUUCAAGAAAUAUUGUGGUUUGCGCAUAUCCUUGUGUGUGAUAAUGCCGGCAACCGGUUUAGAGAGUAAUAAUUUGGCGUUCCAAACUGAAAGCGCCAACUUAACUAACAAUCACAGCAGUAACGGCGACCUAAAACUGAAUCAGAAUGCACGCAAAGGAUGGAAUAUCCGGUCCUCGAAAAUUGCGAACAAAACACAUAAUCGCAUACGUGGCAUUGUCGAAUCAUUGAAAAUCACACCGAACCCUGAAAAGCCGAUGAUACCGUUAACCAUAGGCGAUCCAACAACGUUCGGCAACCUACGCGCCGACGACGAAACCGUAAAGGCCGUGCAGAAAGCCAUUGGAAGUGGUAAGUAUAACGGCUACGCACACUCACAGGGUCACGAAGAAGCGCGUCGUGCUAUCGCCAAAUACAGCGCCCAUCAGAGUGUUGACGAGAUACAUCCCGAUAAUAUUUUAAUAUGCAGCGGCUGCUCAUCGGCAUUGGAAUAUUGCAUACUCGUGCUUUGCGAUAGUGGACAAAACCUGCUCGUACCGCGUCCCGGCUUCUGUCUAUACAAAACGCUGGCCGACGGGUUGGACAUAGAGAUACGUUACUACGAUUUGUUGCCGGAACGCCGGUGGGAAGCCGAUUUGCGUCAGCUAGAAAGUUUGAUUGAUGACAAGACAGCAGCGCUGCUAAUCAACAAUCCCAGUAAUCCAUGUGGUAGCGUAUUCAGUCAAAAGCAUUUGGAAGAUUUACUGGGCAUAUGCGAACGACACUAUUUGCCCGUAAUAGCGGAUGAGAUUUACGAGCAUUUGGUGUUUCCGGGCUCGAAAUUUAUUGCUAUUAGUAGCUUGUCUAAGAAUGUACCGGUGCUCACGUGCAGCGGCACCACAAAGCGCUUCCUUGUGCCCGGCUGGCGUACAGGCUGGAUAAUCGUACACGAUCGUGAAGGCCGUUUGAGUGAUGCCAUCUCAGGCUUGAAGAACAUGUGUGGCCGCAUUUUAGGUUCCAAUACAAUCGUACAAGGAGCUUUGCCGCAUAUUUUGGAGAAGACACCAAAGAGUUUCUUCGAUGGUGUGAUCAAUAUCAUCCACGCUAACGCACGCUUGGCGUUCUCCAUCUUAAAGGAAGUGCCCGGCCUUAAUCCAACAAUGCCCGAAGGCGCCAUGUACAUGAUGGUUGGCAUAGAUGUCGAACAUUUCCCCACAUUCAAGUCAGAUACCCACUUCGUAGAGGAACUGGUGAAUGAGCAAAGCGUCUUUUGUCUGCCUGGCUCUUGCUUUGAUUAUCCGAAUUUCGUGCGCAUAGUUUUGACAGUUCCGGGACACAUGAUGCAGGAGGCGUGCACGCGUAUGGCAGAAUUUUGUAAGGCCAACUAUAAGAAUGGCAAUGGCAUCAUUGAAAAUGGACUUUUGGACUGAAGCUGUAGUAGGCGUGGCAUGUGAGACGAGUACGUGAACUGACAGGAUAGACAUAUUACAAAUAUAAAGAACAUACAUACAUAAAUACAUAUAUAUGCAUACGCAUGCAAUACAAAAUCAGGGAUUGUAAAAAGUGCAGUGCACAAAACUUGAAUGCCUUUGUGAAAACAAAAAAUAAGAAAAGAUAAAUCAGAAGUGCAUUUGUAGUGAGUAGAGAUUUUAGAGUUAUAUUAAUUAGAAAUAUAUAUCGGUGUAUAUAACUAAAUAGAUUUUAAAUAAUCAACGUGUACAUUGUUGUUUCAAGCAUAAUAAAAUUAUUGGCCUGAUUAUUGUAUAAAUGCCACUACUAUUUUGCGUUUA